GCAUUCAACUUUAAAUAAUAUUACCAUCAAUUUCGGCCAAAUAAUACAAGUGUCUUCAUGAUGACGUGAAUUUUAUACCUAUAAUUUUUUAAUAUGAGUAUCAUUGUUAUUUAAACGAUAUAAGAGGUACAUUAAAAACGUUAAAAUGUCUUCAAAACGUUCCAGUGUCUCUUUUGGUGAGUUAAUUUUCGAAAAGUUAUACUAUAGAUUUACCUGACGAAACAAAAAUCUAAACAGAAGCUGAUACUACGGAAAGAUUAUUAGAUAUUCCCGAGCCUUCAGAGUCUGUCAACGAUAAUUUACUUAUCUUUAAAAAUGAUGAACCUAAUAUAGACAAUCCUAACACAACAGAAAAUAUUCAAGAAAGUGAUCGAUUCAUCAACCAAGGUAAAAGCUGUUGUAGAUUACAUUGGAAAAUGACAUUAUUAUUAGUGUUCGCUGCUAUAAUCGUAGUAGGUUAUUCAUCCCUCUGGCUAACUAUUGUAAUAGCCGUUAAAAAUAAAUGACAAUGUGUUUCUUAGUGUUGUGGUACACAUUGCUAUUUUACAUUUUGUUUACAUUCCUCAUCAUAUUAGUCAAUAAGCAAAGAUAAGUUUAUCUAGCUUAUCAAAAAUACAAGUUCUAUCUGGUGAAAUUUUUCUAAUUUAUAUUUUUUACAUCUAUUUAGAUGUUAUAUAAAACUAUAAGUUCAAGUUAACAUGUUUGACAAACAUUUGAAGAAAAAUCGUAUUUGAUGUCUUAAAAGUUUUCAAAUUUGAAAAUAAUCUAAUUAAUAAGAUCAAAAUUUGUAUAUAGAGCUAUUUAUUUAUUUCUUUAUUGUAAUUAAGUCAUGUUUUCGAAACACGAUCACCCAAUUCAAACUCAUCUUUAUCGAGAUGCAGAAGAUAACGAAACAAGUAGACUUGAAAGGGAGUUAUAUGAAGUUCAAAUAAAAUUAGAAACUUUAAAGUCUCAACUAGAAAACUCAAAAAGCCUAUUAGCUAUUCGAAAAAAUGAAGUAUUAAAGGCUGAAUUAUUGCUUGAAGCUUACAAUCGAGAGUUGCUUACUCUACAAAAAGAGAGUAAGAGUUUACGCGCAAGAAAUAUCGAUGUACAGGUGGAGAAUGAGGGCUUAAAGGCUUUGGUGGAUGUUGGUAAAUCUCAGCGAGAUGGCUCUACCAAUCGUCAACAGUUGUUAAACUUUGAUGAGGUGCUAAAGGAUAUUCUACCUAAGGGUGUAACUGUUGAGAUGCUUCUAGAUAAGACAUACAACCUUGACAAACACGCAAAGUCUUAA